CCCUGAACUGCCUCACUUGGGCGGUGGUUGAGGAGUUUAUCUCCCCUGGUGCCACCACCUUGUUCCUGUUCGCGGGAUUACCCGCGGCUCCAACCCCACAGGGGGCUGCACCACCUUGCCACUCCCUUGCUUCGCUGAUCCUGGGGGGCGGCAGAGCGUGAUAGCACCUCCACAAGCCCCACCACGAUCACCCCGCCCUCCCUCCCCCUAUCCUAGAGCGGCACGAUGGAGCCGUUCUACGCCGCCCUGUUUGGCGUGGCAGCGGUGCUGGCCGCGGUGCUGGAGUAUGGCAACCGCGCGGGGCGCAAUGCGCCGGGCAACACCACAAGGGAGUUCACCAUGUUCCGCAACAACUACCUGCUGGUGUACUCGCUGAUGAUGGCCGGAGACUGGCUGCAGGGCCCCUACGUCUACGCCCUGUACCAGUACUACGGCUUCGAGCGGGGCGACAUCGGCAAGCUCUUCAUCGCCGGCUUUGGCUCCUCUAUGGUGUUUGGCACCAUUGUGGGCAGCCUGGCGGACAAGCACGGCCGCAAGCGCGCGGCCCUGACCUACUGCGUGACCUACACCCUGGGCUGCUUCACCAAGCACUUCAACAACUUCUGGAUUCUGGCGGGGGGCCGCGUGCUGUGUGGCAUCGCCACCUCCCUCCUCUUCUCCGCCUUUGAGUCCUGGCUGGUGGCGGAGCACUUCAAGCGCGGGUAUGUGGCCGACUGGCUGGGCAACACCUUCAGCCAGGCGGUAUUCCUGGGCAACGGCCUGAUGGCCAUCCUGUCGGGCCUGGUGGCACACACGCUGGUGGAGACGGCUGCCUGGGGUCCCGUGGCGCCCUUUGACGCCGCCGCCACCGUGCUGGCAAUCGGCGGCCUCAUCAUCCUCACCUCUUGGUCGGAAAACUAUGGCGACGCCUCGGAGCACAGCUCCGCGGUGGAUGGCUUCAAGAAGGCGGGAGCGCUCAUCUGGAACGAGCCCAAGAUUGCGCUGCUGGGCGCGAUGCAGUCGCUGUUUGAGGGCUCCAUGUACACUUUUGUUUUCCUGUGGACCCCCGCGCUCAGUCCAAAGGGCGAACGCAUCCCGCACGGCAUGAUCUUUGCCUGCUUCAUGGUGUCGUCCAUGGUGGGGUCGGCCAUCGCGGGCAAGCUGCUGGCCAACAACAGCAAGUGGAAAGUGGAAAAGUACAUGCAGGUGGUGUUUGGACUCUCCGCCUGCAUGCUCUUUGUCCCCGUCCUGUACCACCAGACCUCCACCAAGGACGUGGCCCCGGGCACAGACGCGGGCGGCAUCACGGGUGACGGCAAGGUGCAGCUGGUGGCCUUCUGCCUGUUUGAGGUGCUGGUGGGCAUCUUCUGGCCCUCCAUGAUGACCAUGCGCAGCGCGUACGUCCCCGAGGAAAUGCGCUCCACCAUCAUCAACUUCUUCCGCAUCCCGCUCAACCUCUUUGUCUGCGUGGUGCUGUACAACGUGAGCUCCUUCCCGCUGGCCACCAUGUUUGGCAUGUGCUCCCUGUUCCUCCUCGUCUGCCUCGCCUGCCAGCGCCAG